AUGCGCUCCCAUGCUCGGUCAAGAUCUCGGUCUCGAUCAAAGGAGAAAUCUUCUAGCCGUGCCGAACAUCGGUCGAGAGGUCGAGAGCGUCAUGGUGAAACACGCUCUCCUCGUCGCAGCAGCCACAGACAAAAGCACGAGCGCCAUGUCUCCGCGUCUCGGAGCAGGAGCAGAUCGUCCGAUGUGGGCUCAAGUGACAGCAGCAGAAAGGAGAGGAAGAGAUCGCACCAGUCGAAGAAGAGGAAGAAACACCGGAGCUUCGAUGAUAAGAAGCGCAAGCAUAAGUUGUCCGAGUCUAAGAAGAAAAGUCAGAAAAAGAAUGACCGGAAGCAAAGCCACAAGAAGAGUCGCCGUAGACAUGGACACGACGACGAUUCGUCUUCGUCUUCUUCGUCCGACUCAGACACCAUUCGAAGUGCGAUCUCAGGAAAGAAAAUCAAGCGCAAGCUGGAUCGAUCGGCAGCAGACGUACAAGGUCAAAAGAGUCGCCAGCAGCUGCUGCAAUUCUAUAACGGUAUGUUCGAUUAG